GGGUCUAGACGCUUCUGUACACCAAAUUCGUCAGUACACGUUACGCCUAAAAGAAUAUUUAACUGUCAGGCCAUUGUCCUGCGUUUGACUAUGUAUCUUUCUUAAACCCGAAUGUCGCAAAUCAGAGUAUCAUUGGUGUCUCAUUUUAAAAGACGGGCAUUCAAGCCUUUAACUGAAUUUGGAGUUUGACUCCAUUGGUGUGUGCUGAUUUUUUCUUUUUCUUCGGAGUAACGUUACGGUUAGACACGUACAGUCUGUUUACUUUGAUCGAAUGAGAUCUUCUAGAAUUCAGACAGCAGGAUCGAUCUAACUGUACCGGACAGAGACAUGUUCAAGAGAGCCUCUCGUGAACUCUUGGGUCUUCAUGUGUAUUUCAGGAGCAGGCUUUAGGUGUGUGUGGAGAUUUUGGAAUCUCGAUCAUGGGCUCUCUAAAAGCUUUGCAGGACUGGUGCAGGAACCAAUGUGAAAGUUACAGUAAUGUGGACAUUAAAAACAUGUCUUCAUCCUUCAGAGAUGGACUGGCAUUCUGUGCCAUCAUCCACAGACACAGACCUGAUCUCAUAGAUUUUGACUCCCUCUCAAAAGAAAAUGUCUUUGAGAACAACCGUCUGGCGUUUGAGGUUGCUGAAAGUGAGUUGGGUAUUCCAGCCCUGCUGGAUCCAGAAGACAUGGUGUCCAUGAGUGUGCCUGACCGAUUGAGCAUCAUCACAUAUGUAUCUCAGUAUUACAACUACUUCACCAACAAAUCUCACACUGUCUCCACAAACAUAAAGAGCCCUGGUGGUCCAGGUCACAUCAAACCAGCCAUAAAAAGGCCAUUUGCUUCUCCAGAGGGCUGUGACACUCAGACUGAGUCUGGUGUAGAUAACCAACCAAAACGCAGUAUUCUGAGCAGCACCUGUUCAAUCUGUGGAACGCAUGUUCACUUGGUUCAGAGGAUCCUUGUUGAUGGCAAACUUUAUCAUCGGAACUGCUUCAGAUGUAGGGAAUGCAGUAGAACUUUAUUGCCUGGAUCUUACAAGUUCACAGAGGAUCCUGGAUCAUUAGUUUGCACACACCACUUCACCAGAUCUGCCUCAGAUGCCAAUCAGAAUUGUCAUUCAGAUAUGAGCAAUAAACUAGCCAAACUAACCUCAACAAGCCCAGAAGACCCAAACAAUAGGAGUUUAGAAUCUAAAGCAUCACACAACAAUGCUGAGAUCACCGAGGAGAGAGAUGAAGAGGAAAUACCUGAAAAAGAAAAAGUAACAAAUAAGCAGCCAGAUAGCAGAUCAGAAGUCGAGACAGAGCACAGAGCGCCUUGUCCUUCUAGUCCAGCAAAUCCCUUUGAUGAAUCUGAAGAGGAGGAUCAGGACACACAACAAGAAGACCACAAGCCAGCCACUGGUGGGGCCAAUGGUGAUGAGCCAACAAUGCCAGUGAAGAGUACAGCACCAGAGGGUCGACCAGUUCCAGCACCUAGACGAGUAAUUGAGCCCACCCCUGCUCCUCGCCCUGUCCCCAGACCACGCCCACCCAGACCCUCUGAAAGCCCUAUUGUCAAUGGAAAUUCUGAAGCUCAAAUUUCUCAAGUUCCUGUUCCAAGAGAAAGAUUGCACUCACCUGCUCGCUCUAACAAGGCCAAUGGCACUCCUAAACCAAAAGACCCACCCUGGCUGGCUCUUGUCCAAUCAGAAACCAAGAAGAAACCAGCACCUCGCCCACCCACAGGUAUAACCAUACCUCCCUGCACUGGUUCAUCUCCUUCUCGCAAGGAGGAGGAAUCAAGACCAUCCUCUCCUCCAAAUCCCUUUGAUGAUGAGGAAGAGGAGCCAGAAACGGCUCCUGAAGAUCCCCCUGAUCCUGUGGUGGCUAGUCACCCUUGGUAUAGGAUUACCCAGGCUGCUGAAAUCACAGCUGAGGACACAAAAAGACAAAGUCCUGCCCCUUCUGAAAGUCCUGUAAGUGUCCGAAGGAAGAAGCGACCAGCACCCAAAGCCCCAAAUUCUUCUCUAUCAGCUUUUCCUUCAUCUCAGACUUCCUCUCCUGCUUCAUCUUUAGCUCUGAGCACAGAGAGCCUGUCCUCCUCUUCCUCAGACCACAGCGCAGUCCCCCAGCAACCUGCUGCUAAUGAACAGGACCAUUUGUUCACCAAGAGUGUGUCUGAACCAUCAAUCAACGCUCCUGCACUGUCCCCCCAAAAAAAGCUUCAACCUCACUCUUCUCCAAACCUGCCUCCUCCACCACCACCUACCAAUACCAGCUCAGCACCAGCUACUCCCCAAACCAACCGCAGUGUGAGACCACCAAUGUUCCCCUCUUCACAGACACCCAGCACUCCAGGCAAGCGCACUUGUAAAGAGAAUCCAUUUAAUCGGAAGACAACCACCUCUGCCGGCUCUUCUGUAUCCAGACCCCCAAAAGGGUCCCGUCCUGCACGACCUCCUGCUCCUGGAUAUGGAUUUCCUCUCAUUAAGCGAAAAGUACAGUCAGACCAGUAUAUCCCAGUUGAAGACAUCCAUGUAGAAAUGAGUGAUCUGGAGAAACGGUUGGAUGAAUUAGAGCAUAGAGGGGUGGAUCUGGAAAAGAGCUUACGAGAAUGUUCAAAUGAUGAUGAGGAAGAACAUCUACUUGUUGACUGGUUCACUCUGAUUCAUGAAAAGCACUUACUGGUACGGAGAGAGGCUGAACUGGUCUACACAGCCAAGCAGCAGAACCUGGAGGAGAGGCAGGCUGAUGUGGAAUAUGAGCUUAGAUGUUUACUUAACAAGCCAGAGAAAGAAUGGACAGCUGAAGACAAAGACAGGGAAAAGCAAUUGAUGGCAGAACUUGUCACGAUAAUUGAGCAGAGGAACCAGAUUGUUAACAGCAUGGAUCUGGACAGACAGAGGGAGGAGGAGGAAGACAAACUAGUAGCUGCUAUGCUAAAGAAAAAAGAGUUUCAUGGCCAUGGUGAGCAGAAGAAGAAAGCAGGGAAGUUUAAGCCCAUGAAGGUUUUGAAGAGACUGAGCACCAAGAAUGAAGGAGUAAAGGACAACAGUCCCAGAAAAGAGAACAGCUGAAGCGUAAACUUACUGAAGGAAAAAGAAACAAAAAAGAUACUAAAAAGAUUUACUAAAUGUUUUCAGUCUAAUUGACGCUUUUGAAUAUAUUGCUAUUCAACAGAGCCAUUUGAGUUAAAUUUGCCUUUGAGGUACCUGUAGUAGCAGCUGAACUGAUAUAAAAGUAAAAAAAGUAACACUGUCUUAGUCAGAUAUGAAAAAAAUAUAAAUAAAUAUAUAUAUAUAUAUAUAUAAGUAUAUAUAUAUAUAUAUAUAUAUAUAUAUAUAUAUAUAUAUAUAUAUAUAUAUAUAUAUAUAUAUAUAUAUAUAGAUAGAUAGAUAGAUAGAUAGAUAGAUAGAAAAAAACAUUUCGAAAGGACUAAUAUAUAUUCUCACUUUAAUCUCUACAUUUUUAAGUGAAAGAAAACUGUGUUUUGAGCAAAUUUUAACACAAACCUUUCUUUUAAACUCAUUAUUAGUCAUAGGAAGUGCUCAACAGGAAGCCCAUUAGAUGGUAUGACAUUUAUUCAAUCAUUUUUGCCAAACUUAAUUUAAUCCUGUUCUCUUGAGUUUUUUUUUUUUUUUUUUUUUUUUUUAUAAAUGGCAUGGCGGAAUUGUUUCUGUUCACACUGAAAAGUGAACAAAAAGCACUUUUAGUGAAUCUUUUCAGGCCACAAAUCAGAAAUUAAUAACACUUAUCACAGUAUAUAAUAUUGGUAAGAGAAUAAAUGUAAAGCAUUUAUAUCUCAUGAAUGCUUUGUGAUUUUCUUGAGUAACAGGGAUUUGGUGUUUUGUCUGCCUGGGUUUGGUUACACCAGCUGUUCUUAAUAAUAAAAAAAUAAAAAAAGAAGUAUUAGCAGAAGUAGCAGCCUUGUUUAAAAUGGACAUUGAGUUACAGUUUACGCAGUAUUAUAUAUUCGAAAAUUGCACCAUUAAACUUGGUUCAAACAUAACUGAACAUACAGAUAGAAUAUACACUGAAUAAUGAUGGAAGCAUUCGACUACGUAGCAGAUUUUUAUGUUGCAUCAAUAAGCUCAUGUUUUAUCUGACAAAAUACAAUGCUUUAGACAUGUUUGUGUUGACAUUUACAUUUGUUUUCUUAUUUAAAAAAAAGAUAAUGUUAUGUGAAUAACUGACUUGCAGCCCUCCAGCACUUAACCAGAUCUAAACAGCGCAACUGUGUGCAUUGCUCUGUGCCAAAAAAACAGUAUUGCCUCCAUAUUUAUUUAUUGCUUCUUAUUUUGUCAUUUACAGUGUUACGUACAAUGUUAUUUACAGACUAGUCUUAGAAACAUAAUUUAAGCAUUAGGUACACGAGGCAAAAGAAGUUGGAAUCAGUCUUAAGACGAUAAACUGAAGUUGACGCAGACAGCCUUGUGGGCAGCACGCCAACAUUUAGCGCUAUUGUGUUACUGGCAUCCCGAGUUCAAAUCCCAGCUCGAGGACCUUUUCAGAUCCCGCCCCCUUCAUUGUCCCCCACUUAACUUCCUGUCACUUCUGCACUGUCCUAUAGUAAUAAAGUAAAAAACUCACUUCUGCUCUGAUGUUGAUUAAUUUAAGGUAAACAAUGUAUUACUUUUUUGGAUAGUUUAAAAUUUACUAGCAUCUGCUUUAAGAACCAAAGUACAAAGAGAGUGUGGACUUUAUGUUCCAGUUUAAUCAAGAACACAUGAACAGCUGGUGCAACCCUACCCUGGACAACAUUUUAAUAUAAAAAUAAAUUUUAAUAUGAUUAAUAUUGGUUUUAUACACCACCUGGCUUUGAUUACUGUGUGCAUUCGUUGUGGCAUUGUUUCAACAACCUUAUGCAACAUUCCAAUUUUGGCAGGCAAUUUAUUAUUAUUUAGUAGCAUUAUUCAUAUAAAAAUUAAACUUCUAAAAUAUUGUUAAAUUAUAUCAUUAUAACCCUAUGAUGAGAAAUGUUUUUUACUGACAGUGUAUUAUUUCAUAGAAUUACUUCAUACUAGCAAAAUCUUAGUGUCAAAUUGAGGUUAACCUAAGUGUAAGAAACCAUCAGACUUGUAAACUGCUUGUAGACAGCUGUUCAGUCUGAAGAACUGAUGACAGAUAUACAAAAAAAAAAAAAAAAUAUAUAUAUAUAUAUAUAUAUAUAUAUAUAUAUAUAUAUAUAUAUAUAUAUAUAUAUAUAUAAACUAUAACUCAAUGCAAACGCAAAAUGUUAACUGUAAGGUUUUUCAUGUUAAGCAGUAAUAGAUAUCAGUCACACUUCAGACACCCUGGAAGAAGAUUAUGCAAUAUUACGUUUUAAUUUAAAAACGGUCUAUUUUCACUGUAGAAUGUCACAUGUUGUGUGUUGGGCCUUAAUCUCUGUAAAACCAAGCAGGAGUGUAUUUCUGAAGGAGUGCCUUUUAUCUGUUUAAUUUAUGCAUACGUCUUAGCAUUGGCUGUUAAGUGUCUUUGUUUGUUUUUGUUGAUAUUUUAGUUUGUGUCUUCUCCAAGUAUUUGGGUGUUUAAUUGUAUUUAUCAGAUUUCAGUAUUGUGCUUGUUCUGUCAGGGUUUAUGUGUGCAUGAUCAACUCCAAGGGCUUUCUGUUUUCUCUAAAACAGUCUGUGCUUUUAGGAUGGAGGACACAUUAAAAAUAAACCUACUUAAUAAAAGAAAA